AUGCCCAAACAACUCGACCUGCCGGGGAAUCGAACUCGGGUCCAAGGGGUGCUAUAUAGUCAUAAUAGAUUGGCCUUUCCUCCCCCUCCGUCUCCGUCUCCUGGCGGACCGCAGGUGUCCUGGAUCCGUCGACGGGACCUCCACGUGCUGACCACCGGCGCCUUCACCUACACGACAGACGUCCGCUUCAGGGCCUUGCACCUGGUGGGGUCGCCCUACUGGACGCUUCAGGUCGACGACCCGCUCGUCACCGACUCCGGCGUGUACGAGUGCCAGGUGUCCACUCAGCCCAAGAUCUUCAGAAGGUUCACUCUCAAUGUUGUUGUGCCCAGUGCGGAGAUCCAAGGGACCCAUCAGAUGUUCAUGAAAGCUGGCAGUGACAUUAACAUCACCUGUAUCGUCACUGGCAACGUCCGUGGCUCCCACGUCACCUGGUACCACGCCCUCCCACGCCAGAGUAAGAGUGCGGUGUUGGAGGAGAUCAACGCCGGAGGUCGUGGCGGCGUGCAGCUGGUGACCGACAAACACGCUGGCACCAGCUGGCUACUGGUCACCCACGCCACCUGGAGGGACGCCGGCAACUACACCUGCGCCCCAGCCAACGCCAGACCCGCCUCUGUUGCCAUACACGUCUUGGACGGCAUCAUUGUUGCAGAAGAGGCGCCGGCCGCUAUGCAACACGACCUGCAAGCUAGUCACGGGGCGCCUACGUGCCCCUCCCACGCCCUGCACGUGCUUCUAGUGGGCGUGCACCUGCUGCUGGCGUGUGGGGGGCGUGUAGGGGCGUGGGUGGGGCGCCGGGCGUCGUGGGGAGGGAGAGUGCUGGCGCCCUCGCCUCCACACCGCUACCCGCAACAUUACCCACAGGCGCUUAACACCUUCAGGCAACACCGCCAGACAACACCUGGCAACACCUACAAGCAACACCUCCGAGCAACACCUUCGAGCAGCACUUCCAAGCAACACUUCCCUCAUCUCUAGCCGUUAUACGCAAUCUAAAUUUGUCAUUUCAUUUUUUUUUUUUUAGAAUACAUUUCAGUAAUGUAUAUACAGUCCUUGUAUACGUGUGUGUAUGUGUUGUAUGACUGUAGUUACUGCGAAUAUGGCUGUAUAUGUGUUGUAUAAAUACUGAAACAUUUAAAUGUACAUAUGUGUAUGUAACAUAGAGAUACGCGUAUGUAUUUGUAUGUGUGCAAACAGUUCUUCCAGUCAAAUUAUAAUUUGUUAUACAAGAGAGAAUUUCAGCCAAGCUUGGGUGGCCGGGGAUAUACAAUCACCAUUUAUUGUAACGUGCCUGUAUAAGUUAUAACGAAAAUAAACAAUAGUUUCCUCUUA